GGCUUGAAUAUGAAUGCAACUAUGCAAGAAAUAGAACAAUUCAUGGGCAUCUAUUUCAAAAUGGGACUCGUGAAAAUGCCUGGUUAUGCUUGUUUCUGGGAGACUGAUUUGCGUUAUAAUCCAGUAGCGGAUAUAAUGUCAAGAAACCGUUUCCAAAAAUUAACAUCAUACCUACAUAUAAAGAACAAUAAUACAGUUACGGAACAAGAAAAGGAAGACCGAGCAUGGAAGGUUAGGCCUUGGCUUGACAGUCUCAAUGCUACAUUUUCCCAAGUCUCUCCAGAUGAGCACCAAAGUAUCGACGAAAUUAUGGUGGCAUUCAAGGGCAGAGCCCUACUAAAACAAUAUAUGCCUAAAAAGCCUAAAAAGUGGGGGUUUAAACUCUGGGGUCGCUGUGACUCAUCUGGGUUUUUGCAUCAAUUUGAUGUAUAUCAAGGAAGAGGAUCUGGGCUUGUUGGUGAUGCACCAAACUGUGGACUUGGCGGUAACGUGGUUCUUAUGUUAUGUCAGUCAUUACCAGAAAAAAGAAAUUUCAAAAUAUGUGCUGACAAUUUCUUUUCCAAUUUUGCCAUGAUUUAUGAACUAAAAAAACGGGAUAUGUUUUAUAUAGGUACAGUCAGAAAAGAUCGGCUGCAUGGUGCACCCCUCAAAACUGAAGAUCUGAAAAAAAUUGGCCGAGGGGCUCAUCACUCUGUCAUAGAAACCACAAGAAACUUGUUUUUACUUAGGUGGUAUGACAACAAGUGUGUAAAUAUGGUAUCCUCAUAUGUGUGUGCUACACCUGUCGCUCCAGUGAGGCGCUAUGACCGAAAGAAAAAAGAACACAUCAAUGUCGAACAACCGUGUAUAGUUCGCACCUAUAAUAGCACCAUGGGUGGGGUCGACCUGCUCGACAUGAUGUGUAGUCUAUACAAAUGUCAUUUGAAAACCAGGAGGUGGUAUUUCUUUAUCUUCUAUCACACACUGACCAUAGCACUUGUGAACUCAUGGUUUCUCUACAAGAGAGAUUGCAAAUUGAUGAAUGUAAAAAAUAUUAUGUGUUUGAGGAAGUUUCAAGCCCAGGUCUCCUCUGCUCUCUGUCAAUGUGAAAAAAGAGUACGUGGUAGGCCAUCUUUGGGUACCCCACCACCUCUUAAAAAGAACCGUGUCAAUCCUCGGCCUAUAGCAGACGUACAGUAUGACCAUAUUGAUCAUUUACCACUAUAUGUAGAUGAAAGGCAGAGAUGCAAGUGCUGUUCGGAGAAAUUUUCCCAAGUAAAAUGUCAAAAAUGUGGCGUUCACUUAUGCCUUAAUAAAAAUCGGAAUUGCUUCAUUGCCUUCCAUCAAAAGUAACUACAGAAACAUCUCAACACUGUAAUUUU